UUUGCCUGACUACUCUCCUACCUUUCACAUUAUUAUACAGGUCCCUAUUCUCAUGUACAAACAAAUGGAAAUUUAUGGUAGUCUAGCUGGAUAUUUACUCUCUAGGUCGCUCUUAUCCUGGCACUAUGUGAAUCGUCUGCCUUAUUACUACCUAACACGGUGGUCGUCCUCUGUGUUUUUGGCCGCCCCUCCUCCGCAGCUGCUCCUACGGUCUCCCUCCUUGGUGAUGUUUGAUUUGUGCUGCACUUACGGAGGGAACAUAAAACAAAGUCUAGAGGGGCAACCCGAACACACAGCGAGCACUUGUAUUGCAUUCCCACAACACCUCCACUUAUCCCCUGGCACUUUGUGAAUCGCCUGCCUUACUUCUUAACACGCUAGCUGAUUGUGUCCUCUGCGUCUUUGGCCCCUGCAGCUGCUUCUACAGUGUCCUUGAUUCAUUUAUGCUGCACUUGCAUUCCCGCAGCACCACCAUAUAUACCACCUGCAACCAAGAAUAUUUACUAGCAGAUUGAUUGACUCAUUUUCAGAGGCUGUGACUGUGAGUAUGGACCUGGUGAUGGGUGCGUUGGGUGUGCUUCCCUCCAAGAUGCUGGAGCUGCUCAAGGAGGAGUACAAGCUGCAGAAGGGCGUCAAGAUGAAAGUGCAGUCCCUCUCCCGAGAGCUCGAGUGCAUGCACGCCGCCCUCCGCAAGGUGGCAGCAGUGCCAUGGGACCAGCUCGACGAGCAGGUCAAGAUCUGGGCACGCGAGGUUAGGGAGGCUUCCUAUGAUAUUGAAGAUAUACUUGACUCCUUUCUUGUGCAUGUCGACGGCCAUGAGAAGGCUGAUCUGAGCAGGCUGAAACGAGCCAUGAAAAAGAUGGGAGACCUGUUCAGCAAGGGCAAGGCUCGCCGUGAAAUUUCAUGCGCUAUUGAAGACAUCAGGAAGCAACUUCAGGAGAUGACACAGCGGCAUAACAGGUACAAGGUCGAUGACCUUGUUGCCAAGCAUGGUGCCACAACAAGUAUUGAUCCACGGCUUUCGGCUCUCUACACAAAAGUGUCACAGUUGGUUGGCAUAGGAGAGCCGAGGGAUAAGGUUGCAAAAAUGCUGAUAUCAGAAGGGGAAGACUUGGAGACGAAGAUAGUCUCUAUUGUUGGGUUUGGAGGGUUAGGCAAGACUACUCUUGCUAAAGCUGUUUAUGAGAACCUUACAGACGAUGUGCCUUUCAAAGCUUUUGUUCCUGUUGGCCAAAAUCCAGACUUGAACAAAGUCUUGAAAGACAUUCUCAUAGGUCUUGACAAGUGGCGUUAUAUGACCGAGUUCAACUUGGCUAUAUUGGAUGAAAGGCAGCUCAUCGAUGAACUUCGGGAAUUCCUCAUUAAUAAGAGGUACUUCAUUGUUAUAGAUGACAUAUGGGAUGUAUCAUCAUGGAACAUAAUAAGAUAUGCUUUGUAUGACAAUAACUUGGGAAGCAAAAUAGUCAUAACUACCCGGAAGCAUAAUGUUGCCAUGGAAGCUGGUUGUUCUUAUAGCAUGGAACCUCUUCCCUUUGACAGUUCUAAAGAAUUAUUCUAUGGGAGAAUAUUUGGCUCUGAACAAAAAUGUCCUAAAAAUUUUGUGGGAAUAUCUGAAGAAAUAAUUAAGAAAUGUGGAGGUGUGCCAUUAGCUAUCAUUACUACAUCAAGUUUGUUGGCAAAUAAGUUGGGAAAUAUGAAAGAGUGGUAUGAGUUUUGUGACUCUAUUGGUUCCGGACUUGGAAGCAGUGCUGAUAUGGAAACUAUGAGAAAGAUAUUAUCUCUUAGCUAUUAUGAUCUACCAGCUCAUCUGAAGACCUGCUUAUUAUACUUAAGUAUAUUUCCUGAAGACUAUGAGAUUGGGAGAGAUCGGCUGAUAUGGAGGUGGAUAGCUGAAGAUUUUGUUCCACCUGGAGAAGGGGGCAAAAGUUUAUUUGAGCUCAGUGAGAGUUACUUCUAUGAGCUUAUAAAUACAAGCCUGAUCCAACCAGUAGAUACAGAUGAUGAAGGUAUGCCUACUGCUUGCCGUGUGCAUGACAUGGUGCUUGAUCUCAUUUGUUCCUUGUCAAGGGAAGAAUGUUUUGUUACCACCAUAUUAGGUGACACCAAGCAAGAAACAUAUUCUGGGGGAAGCAAGGUUCACAGGCUAUCUCUCCAAAAUACUACUUGGCCUACAAUGGAGCUGCCAAAACUAAGGUCACUUGCUAUCUUCAGUGGUGAUAUAAUCAAUUCUAUGCCAUCCUUUCCAUGUUAUCAUCUCCUUCGUGUAUUGGACCUAGAAGAUUGCAGUCUUAAAGACAUUCCAAGUUUGAGUUUUGUUGGGAACUUAUUUCACCUAAGGUAUCUAGUUCUAAGAAAUACUGAGUAUGCUGGUGAGCUCCCAUCAGAGACUGGGAAGCUACAACUUUUGCAGACAUUGGACCUAUGUGGAACUUUUAUAAAUAAAGAAUUGCCAUCAAGUAUUGUCGGGCUAAGAAGACUGAUGUGUCUCGCUCUUGAUUGGAGUAUCUGUCUGCCAAAUGGAUUGAGGAAUCUAACAUCCUUAGAAGUGCUACGGUAUGCAAUUGUUGAUUCUGCGCAGAUUGCAGAAGAGCUAGGCCAUUUGACGCAACUGAGGAUCCUCAGUAUCGGGCCGCCUGUAAUGGACAGGGAAGCAGGAUGUCACGAGGGCAUUUGCAAAGCUUUAGUGGAGUCCCUAGGCAAACUGCAGAAAAUCCGACAUCUAAAACUACUCUCAGGCAGCAUGGUGAUGAAUCUUGAAGGCUCGGUGGAGUCCCUAGGCAACCUGUCCUUUCUUCGUAUUAUUAUAACUAGUCGGUUGCCCACAUGGAUUAAUCCGGGAUCGCUUCCUCUCCUAUCAUCCCUGUACAUAACAGUGGCUCAAAUGCGAAGGGAGGACAUCCAAGUCCUCGGGAUGUUGCAGGCUCUUCGUGUUCUAAAAAUGCGUUUGGGUUUGGCUAGUGACAACUUACAAGUGCUGGGAAGGUUCGCGGUUGGCCCUGAUGCCUUCCCAUGUGCAAGAGUGUGCAGAUUCUAUGGUUUUCAAACAGUGCCGUCUAUGUUCCCACCAGGAGCUAUGCCCAGGCUUGAAGAAUUUCAUUUCGAGAUCACCCUGUAUGAUUUCUUGGAAGGUGAAUUCAUCAGUACCGAUGGCCUGGCCUUGCACCACCUCCCGUCCCUUCGUAGUGUGGGUGUCCGUCUUUAUCCUAGACACGUAACGAUCCAGCAGGAGUUGGGAAUGAAAGUGAAAGAGAAGCUGAGCGAAGAAGCGGAUGCCCACCCCAACCACCCUACCUUACAAUAUUUCUACUAGAGAAACGGACAUCAAUAGAAAAAAAAAGGAUUCAACGUGUGCCUACUACCUGAGAAUGCAUCUCCUGGGUCUGAGUAUAUUCUCCAAUUGUUUUGUUGUGCAUGAGAAAAACGGCUACACACAUAGUAUUGGGACAUGGUUGAAAAGAUCCAUUGCCUGCGCUCGUCUACAAGAAGCAGCCACACGCUUUGUUGGUGUACACACAGAGGAGCUAGCAGGGCAAGCUUUGUGAAACAUGAGCCAUAUUCGUUACCACUUAUGUUAAUCGGUGUUUUAUUUUUAUUCCAUUCAAAUUUGCUUCCGAUCCAUUAUCCUUCCAAUUAUGUAAUUCUUGUUUUUUUCUUGUUGUUUCCCUCGUCCUGUUGUCUCUGUGUCAUGUCUCUUGUUUAUACUUCUCGCCACCUUUCUUCAUCUAUUAAAUGCAACUUGGUCCGUUAUUUGUCCAA